GAGCCCGUGCGGAGAGAGCCUCCAUCACGCAAGCGCACUAGCGAGUUUCUGAGCGGAGGCAGCGAACUACUCUUCCCAGUGCUUUUAAGCAACGGAAAUGACGUAAUAGCAGACAGAGCUGGAGGGUUUGGGUAAAAAUGGCUGAAUAUUUAGCAUCGAUAUUCGGGACUGAGAAGGACAAGGUUAACUGCUCUUUUUACUUUAAGAUCGGGGCCUGCCGGCACGGGGACCGGUGCUCCCGGCUUCACAACAAGCCGACUUUCAGCCAGACCAUAGUGCUGCUCAAUCUGUAUCGGAAUCCACAGAACACCGCCCAAACCGCAGACGGAUCGCACUGUCACGUGAGCGACGUGGAGGUGCAAGAACACUACGAUAACUUCUUCGAGGAAGUGUUCACCGAACUGCAGGAGAAGUACGGGGAGAUUGAAGAGAUGAAUGUGUGCGACAACCUGGGGGAUCACCUCGUGGGCAAUGUUUAUGUCAAGUUUCGGCGCGAGGAAGAUGCAGAGCGGGCAGUGGUUGAGCUCAAUAACCGCUGGUUCAACGGGCAAGCUGUGCAUGCCGAGCUGUCUCCCGUCACCGAUUUCCGGGAGUCGUGCUGUCGGCAGUAUGAGAUGGGGGAGUGUACCCGCGGUGGUUUCUGCAACUUCAUGCACCUGCGACCCAUUUCCCGCGACCUCCGGCGGCAACUCUACGGGCGGGGACCCAGGCGCAGGUCACCCCCAAGGUCCCAUACUGGCCACCGUCCCCGAGAAAGAAAUCGACGACGGUCCCCAGACCACCGGCAUGGCCGUUUCUGAGACCCUGACCCCCUUGCCCUCCAGCCUUGGCAGGCAUAGAUGUUCCUGGCCAGGACAUCUCCUGAAAGCUCCCUUAACUUCCCAGUGACAUCUUCUCCAGACUCUGUGUCUCCAUGAUGUAACACCUUCAACACAGGGAACUUCUAUUGCCCCUCCCCUAAUAAAAUUCUGUACUGAGGGUUUAGA